AUGGCCGACGAACUCGACUUCACCACGGGCGAUGCCGGCGCCUCCUUCACGUACCCCAUGCAGUGCUCGGCGCUGCGGAAGAACGGCUUCGUGGUGCUCAAGGGCCGCCCCUGCAAGAUCGUGGAGAUGUCCACCUCGAAGACGGGCAAGCACGGCCACGCCAAGGUCCACUUGGUUGGUAUUGAUAUCUUCACUGGUAAAAAAUAUGAAGAUAUUUGUCCUUCAACUCAUAACAUGGAUGUUCCAAAUAUCAAGAGGAACGACUACCAGCUGAUAGGUAUUCAGGAUGGAUAUCUCUCCCUGCUGACAGAAAGUGGUGAAGUUCGUGAGGAUCUAAAGUUGCCAGAAGGGGAUCUUGGCAAAGAAAUAGAAGUAAAAUUCAAUGCCAAUGAAGAUGUGCAGAUAUCUGUCAUAAGUGCAAUGAAUGAAGAAUGUGCUGUAGCCAUAAAGCCUUGCAAGUAAAGAGGAUCACCAGGCUCGGGCAGCUGCUCAGGUCUGGACAAACCACAGAUCUAUAAAUUUGGUUCUUAUUGUCACCAAAGCUCUGGCCUUCACAAGCAACCUCAUUUCUUUUUUGAAUUGUUAAAAAGCAGUGCUGGAUUCUGGAUUAAUGUUGCAGGCUAACUGGCAGUUUUCAAAAUCACUGAGAUUUUAAUUCCUUAAUUGUAACUAUUUUAACAUUCCUGUGGGUUUCAGCUAUGGAUCUGAGAAACCAAUCAGGUGUUACUAGUGGAUAUAUUUUUAUUUGCUUGAGCAAAACAGUGUUUGUCUGUAUGAACAGACAAAAUACAGUAUUCAGGGGCUUUUAGAUAAGCUGGUAGAUAUCUAGGGUUAUAAAGUGACCUAGAGCACAAAUAGUAUUUUUCUUGACAUGUUUAGGUAGAACUGACAAUAAAAGUAGCUUCUUUUUUUUGUUUUGUUUUGUUUGGGUUUCUUUGUUUGUUUGUUGGUUGGUUGGUUUGGUUUGGUUUUUUAAAGCUUAAGUAUUUUGUGGAUUGGGACUCUUGCAGAACUGUAGGUGCCAAUCACAACUUUUAGACCAAGAAACUCAAGUGAUCAAAAACGCCAGCUGGCUUGACCAAGCCCCAGUGGCCAUGUGCAACUUAACUGUAUUACCUCUGUAUUCUUCUUUGCCAACUUGUUGGCUUAUUGUAAUGAUAAAAUGGUGUCAAAGCCUACCUGUGGUUUAGGCAGGCUGUUGGAAUAUUGGGUAGGUAAGACAUAGAUAGGUCAGGGGGACACAAAGGUGAGAAUGGAUGUUAAAGCUAUAGACUUUCACUCGAGGCCUUUGUCAGACUUGAAAAAUAAAAUAGAAAAAUGCAGUUCAAUUGCUUUCCUUUAUUGUAUUUAUCUUAAACUAUAAAAGGGUGACAAACUCCAUGGGAAUAAUCUGUUGCAGUGCUUCCAGCUUUAGGUUUUAAUCUUCAGGUUCAGACCAUACUUUUGUAGCACA